UUGUCCACAGGAACAUUUUUAUAAUUUACCUGAUCAAAGUUUUUUUUUAAUGUUCUGAUUGCUAAUGCUUGAAAAGGUUUUGCUUGCUACUAACUGCUAUGGAAAAUUGCACAAGCUUUCUUUAGAAACCUUAGAAUGUGACUUGGUUGACAGCGUUUUUCAAACCACAAAGGAAUAUGGGUUUAAACGUGUUGUUACGACACCAACUUGUGCAUGGGCUGUAUGUGUUGAUCAAAAUAUUUACUUUAGUGUGUUAGAAACUGAUCUUCCUAUUAAAGUGGGAGAAUGUUAUUACGAAAAUGAGAGGUGGUCAAUAACUUACGGAUGGUCUCAAAAAUCUCUACUUUUUUCUGAUCGAUGGCAUUGGAGUUCUAAAGAUGGUAAAAUUGAUCGAAAUCCUGAACAAAUUAAUCUUCCUUCAGAAGAUUGGUGUUGGGAAGGUGAUUGGAUAAUUGAUAAAUCAAUUAACUGUGAUUCUGAGGGCUGGCAGUAUGCAGUAGAUUUUCCAGCUGUUUAUCACAGUAAACCCGGGAAAUUAUCAUUUGUUCGUAGAAGAAAAUGGAUUCGAUAUCGUAAAUUCAUCUCUUACAAUAAAUGGAGUGCUAUGCCUGAAAUGUGUGUUCUUGAAGAUUUGUAUCAAGAUAUCAGUGUUGGAGGUUUUCAAAUGCAAGGUCAGCCUCCUGGUUAUUUGGCAGUGUGGGCUAUUACUUUUUCUGGAAGAGUACUAUAUCGCAAUGGUGUAACUCGAACCUGUCCACAAGGGAAUACUUGGCUUGAAGUAAAAACAAACAAUAUUAAUUUUUUGCAAAUAUCUGUGGGACCUGAUGGACAUUUAUGGGGAUGUACCUGGGAUGGAUAUGCAGUGGUGCGUUUAGGUGUUACCCAUCUAUGUCAAAUAGGUACAGCCUGGCAAGAAUUAAAUUACCCAAAAGGCGAUGAGCUUCAACAAGUGGCAGUAGGGAAAAAUGUUGUGUGGGCUCUGUCUAAAAAUAAAAAAAUUUUUUUUCGAGGAGGAAUAACUGUCAACAAUGAGAUUGGAGAUAAAUGGAUUGAAAUGGUUGGAAUGUUUUCUUUUGUUAGCGUUGGGCCUAAUAAUCAGGUAUUUGCAUUGAGUGAAGAUUGCCAUGAUAUAUAUAUUCGAACUAAUGUUACACCUGAAGAACUGGUUGGCAGAGAAUGGAAACUGAUUAAGUUUGCAAAAAGUGCCACUUCAUGGAGGUCUUUUGACAGUGGUGCAUGCACUAUAGACAGUACAGCAGUUGAAAGUCUAAAAAGUUUCACUGUUUCUCAAAGCUCUAGCAUUUCUAGUCUAGUAGCAGAGUGUACAGACUGGAGAACACAUUUGAUGUAUCAGUUAAAUGAAAGAAACCAGAGAGAAUCAUGCAGUAUUGCUGAGCUUGCUAUUGAGACAAAUGAAUCCUGGAAAAAAAAAGAUAAUGGUUACAUUCUUAUUGAUAGUUAUUAUAAUUUAUGGUCAAAAUGUCGUCUUUCAUAUCAAUCUGACAUAAUAGAAAAUAAUGCACACAACAUGAUUAUACAGUAUCAGCAUAAAAAUGAAACUCAAGAAAUUUAUCUUUAUAAAAGUAUGAUUAAAUGUGCUCAUCGCAUUAAAGGAUUAUCUCAUGUAAACACUUUUUCUAUACAAACUAAUGACAAUAAAUAUAUCGUAAUAAGUUUAGAAAGUGAAGCUUUAGUUAUAGAAUGGUUGAAGGUUUUAAACCCUUGUUUGUAUAUUAGAAUAAAUGAAAGUAUAUGGGCUACAUCAACAUUAGGUGAAAUUUUUGUAAGUGCUGAUUCUGGAGCUAAUUUUUCAGAUUUGUACUUCCACAACUGGUUGUCAGUUCGAGGAAUCAUGUUAAAAGUUUUAUCUGGUGUGGAUGGCAUAAUUUGGGCAUUAGGGAAAGAUGGGCGAGCUUACACUUAUAGUCCAAAUAAAUUAUUUGAACAACGGUAUGUAGAGAAUCACUUUAUUUAUGAAAACAAGCGAUGGAAUCCUAUUGAGGGAUAUUCUGACAGGUUUCUACCUAGUGAUCGCUGGCAUUGGAGUGAUGAAACUGGUGUUUAUGAGUGUUCUAAAGAUAAAUAUAAGUUGCCUACAAAGUCUAGUAAAUGGCUGGAUGAAUGGGAAAUUGACUUUGAUCACGAGGUAGAUGAAAUGGGUUGGCAAUAUGCAAUUGACUUUCCAAGGUACUAUCACUCUUACAAGGGAAUAAAUGAUUACGUUAGGAGAAGGCGAUGGAAAAGACAGUGUUUAGUCACAACACGUGGUCCUUGGAAAGAAGUUCCAACUGAUGCAACUAUACGUGAUAUUUCAAUUGAUAUGCAGGAAGUCAAUUGUUGUGUGUGGGCAGUCAGUUGUCAUGGUGAUGUUAUGGUUAGACUUGGAAUCUCUAAAGAGUCUCCACAUGGUGAUUCAUGGCAAUUGGUUUUGAUUGACAUUCCAGCAGUUUGUGUGUCAGUUGGGGUAGACAGAAAGGUUUGGUGUGUUACUGAAGAUGGGUCUUGUUUUCUUCGUACUGGGUUUCAUGAGAAUUCAAUUCUUGGAACUCAUUGGAUUCAUAUAUUAAAAGAAGGACAUAUAAUAAAACAUAUUUCUGCUGGAAAAACAGUGAUAGUUGUUUUGGAUAAUAAAGGAGCAAUGUAUUAUCGUGAAAAUGUUUCAGAAUUUUAUCCAGAGGGAACAUCUUGGAUAAAAGUACUUGAAAAUGUAGCUUCCGUUUCUGUCAAUCAAAAUGAUCAGAUUGCUCUUGUUCAAAACGGCUGUUUAAAGAUAGUUGAUGGCCUCAUUCAUGGUCAAUUCAAAUUAAUCGAUGUGCUAAUGAACGAUUGGAGCUCAGUAUGUAUUCGUUCAAUUCCGAAAAUUAAUAACGAUAACGUAGAUAAUCAAAAAGAUUCUAAUAUUGUCUCUAAAAAAGAAGAGCCAAAGCAGGCAAGUCCACAAAACGCCUGCGAAACACAAUCAGAUGAGAACGUAGAUACAAUAGAUCCAUACAGUAUCGAUAUUUAUAGCUUUUAUAAAUCUGAAUAACUACAAUAAAAUAAUUUAACACUUUAGAACUUUAGAUAAUUCAAUACAUUUUUAAAUAAGUAAACUUUUUUGUAAUUGAUCUUUAGAAUUGA